AUGACGGAGGAAGCGCUGGCGCAGCAGGUGCUGCAGGAGUUCAUGGCAACGCGUCACGCUGGGUCCUCGGUGGAGCUGCUCUGCUUCGUGUUCUUUGCGCGCCUGCAGCAGACGACUACGGAGCGCUACCCACUUGCGUAUAAUCGUCUUUUAUUGGCGGGGCUUUGGCGCGGCAAGUGUCAUUGCUUUGCGGAUGAAAAUGUGGGACUGCGCUGCUUCCUCCACACGCUAAGGGACUGCGCUGAGACUAGAGAUCUGGAGGUUCACAUCGCGCCCAGCGAGUUGCGGUGCUGUGUGAGGGACGAGGAUGCCCGCGCGGUGCGGCAGGCGGACGGCAGCGUUGGCGCGCUACUGCGGGAGCAUCUUCUCCAGAAGGGUGCCUUGCAUCGCUGGUGUGACGAGGCGGUGAGGGCGGCACAGGCGGACGGUGGUGCGGGGUGUGCUGAUAGAGCCUUAUGGCGAGUGACGCGCUUGCGCGGCACACGAGUGCACUGCGGCUCCGCCCUCACUUUGUCCAUUGCCUUCAAUCGUGGGUGCCGGCGAAUUCCGGCAGGCGAUCCGCGAAGGAUUUCUUCAUGGCGGCUAUGGGGUCAGAAGCGAGGGAAGGAGAGAGGGGAGCCACGCGCUGGGGAAAGAGGGUGCGGGCUGCUGCGGCCGCACCUCGUUGUCGUCACUUCAGUUUGUUGUCGUGACAGUGCUGUCAUAUUUUGUUUUUUCUUCACAGAAGUUUUGGAUUGUGCGUUCUUUUUGAUUGCUGGGAGGAGAGGGUGCGUGCGUGCUGUGCAUUUGCGAGAGUCUUGUGGGAGGACCGUGAUUCGCGGCGGUGUGGCGGAUGUGGCGGUGUGUGCGGGAGUGGCUCCGCGGCGAAGGGCGGAGAGCGAGGUGCCCCAGUUUGUUCUGGGGACUGCGGUGCAUGGACUCACCGUUGGGCUCGUGGGACCCUUGCGCGACAUUCACAUGCGUGCGCUGGCACGACAGUGCCGGUGA